AUGGAGGCCAUGGGCGCGCAGCCUGUGCAGGUUGCGGUACAGGAGGCGAUGGGCAGUGCCUCUUUGCCAAGAUCCUUUUUUGCCGUUGCGCUGUACGAUUUUAGCACGGACGACCCCAAUCUGCUUGCUUUCCAGCAAGGCAGCGUGAUGGAAAUCCUCUCGCAGCUGCCAAACGGAUGGUGGGAUGCGAUGGUGGACGAGCACACGCGCGGAUGGAUCCCAUCGAACUACGUCGAGCGUGUUGCAGACGAGGAAGCAGCGGUAGCGCGCGCUGCUACGGGACGAGCAACACCGCUUCUGCAGCGAGUGUUGCGCCCAGGCACAAGUCUCGAUGCAGAGACCAGUGCGGAUAUCAUGGCGAUUUCCGAGCGCACUACUGCAGAGCGCGAGCAGCCAGCCCGAAUUCAGCGCGCGAUCCAGGAACUUGGUGCGCUGGUCCAGCAGAUUCACGCAUCCAGCGCCCAGGAUGCGCGGCACAACAUAGCCCUCGCGUCCUUUUACGUGGAGACCACGUCCAACAUCGUGCGAGAAGUGCGUGCGGCGGUUGAUACGCCUGGCAUUGCGCGCGUGCUGCAUGCGAGUCACGACGUGCUGAAUGCCGCGGAGCGCACGCAGCUUGUCCGCGUCCAGAUGCUGGCAAAAGAGACCACGUCGAUCUUGUCGCUUGUAGUGGUGCAGAUGCGCACGCUGACCAAAAAGCUGCAUGCAUUUACAUGUGCGCCGCUCCAGGAAAAUGCGGCAUUGCUAACAGCGUACACGGCACACGGUGCCGUUGCUGCAGAGAAUGCGCAGCAGUUGGUGCAGGUGCUGCGUGCGUUUGGGCAAGAAACGCAGGAUCUGCCGCCGCUCUUGCGGAUUCUCUUGUCCAAUGCGUGUGCACCGCAGAGCGCUGUGCCCAACGUUGAGCAUGUAUGGGUGUGCUACGACACGCUGCAGGCUUUGCAGCACACUUUGUUUGUAGCACUGCACGGGCGGCGAGGAUCGUGGGAAGACGCGUUGCAAGGCGUGAUGGCCCAGUGGGAAUCGUUCCGCACCGCGCUUGGGGAAGUUGACAGCGCGUCCCUCGGCGCGUAUGCAUCCACCUUUUUCGAUGCACGGCGCGACAUGGACGGCACUGCCGCGUUCGUUUUGGACACGGCACAGCGUGUGCGAGACGGCGAAACUUCGCUGGACGCGCUCAAGCAUGCGGUGAAUCUGCUCAGUCCCUUGAUUGAGCGCGCAGUGCAUGCCUUGCAGUGCACCGAUGCGCCGCGCGAUACGCCAGAGAGUAUGAAGACGACGUGCAGUGCGCUUGCACUGCCGCUCGAAGACGAGGAGUUGGGCCGCAAUAUCCAGUUCAACGCGUCUGGUACAGUCAAGGCCGGUACUCUGGAUGCCCUACUUGUCUAUCUCACGAAACACAAUGUGUACGAUGUGCAGUACAACACAACAUUUUUGUACACCUUCCCCACCUUUAUGUCGCCCGCCGACUUUGUCCAAUGGCUCAUGGCACGCUUCCAUCUAGCGCCGCCCGAGGGCCUGACUGAAGUGCAGCGAUCCCAGUGGAGCCUUGAGCGAAGGGCGCCGGUCCAGCGGCGCGUUAUCAGCGUGCUCAAAACAUGGCUCACCUCGUUUUACACGCGUGCCUACGAGCCGUUUCUCGAUACGCUCGCCCACUUUGUUACCGUCGAUGCUGCACACGACAUCAGCGAGACGACCAAGCUCCUGUUCCUAGACGUGAUUGCCCAGCGCAGGGCUGGAAUCGUCUCGCCAGAGCAUCCCGCCCGCUACGGCCUUGUGCCGGUGCCGAUCCUUCCCAUCAAUCUGCGUACGCCGACACUACUCGACAUGGACGUGCUGGAAAUUGCGCGGCAACUGACCCUCAUGGAGUGCCAGCGCUUCGCGACGAUCGAGUAUACAGAGUGUCUGAACAAGACAUGGACUGUGCCAGACAACCCCGGAGGUUUUGCCAGUAUGAUUGCGCUCCACAACGGCAUCGUUGGCUGGGUCACGGAGCUGCUUCUCAGCAAUCAGCGCUGCGCGACACGUGCCUUGGAGCUGCAGCAUUUUAUCCGGAUUGCCGAGUGCUGCCGCGCAUUGCACAACUAUGCAUCCUUAUGGGCGAUCAUCUCUGCGCUCAACAAUGCCGCGAUCCACCGUUUGCGCCGUACGUGGGGCAUGCUCGACAGCGAGUCGCUCAGUCUCUUUGAGAAUCUGAACAGCAUUACGCUUGUUUCGCGGAACUAUGCAAAGUAUCGCGAACUGCUCUCUGCGGUUUGCCUUCCAUGCGUGCCUUUCUGUGGCGUAUAUACCAAGGACCUGACGUUUAUUGAGGACGGGAAUACGAACCGCCUUUCGGCAGAUCCGUGCCUUGUGAAUUUUAACAAGCGGCGGCGCCUGGCCGAUGUGAUUAUGGAAAUUCAGCAUUUCCAAAGCGUGCCGUAUUAUUUUAUGCAUGUCCCCGGGAUUGUCACGUAUUUGGACACGCAUAUGGUGACGGCAAUGGAUGAGGAGGCAUGCUUUGCAAAAAGCUUGCAGUUAGAGCCACGCGAGCUGUAUGUGGACUGA